CCUUUUUCGAGCCAAAAACCUUUUCUCAACUCUCACCCUCUGCAGUCGCAAACAGAGACAGAGAGAGAGAGAGCUCUCUGUUCAGAUGGUUUGGUGGGAGAUGUUGUUAGAAAUGGAGAGAGGUCGUUGCUUUCCAACGUUGUUAACGUCUGUCCAUAUAGGUCUUGGCUGUGUCGAUUGUGCUAUCGCUGCUCUUGCAUUCUUUCAGUUGAUCAGGAUUCACAUUCGGAAUCAUCAACUAGGCUGGACACGCCAGAAGGUAUUCCAUCUGAUGAUUGGCAUUUCCAACCUAGGUUUCUUUAUAUACUUUGUAUCGACUGUUAUUGCUACUUGUAAGGGAUGGUUUUGCUGGUCGCAUGCUUGUGCAUUUGUUCUGAUGGCAUGUCCCAGCAUUAUCUUCCUAGCAGCAUUUCUGCUACUUUUAUCUUUCUGGGUCGACCUUUGCCAUCAGGCAAGCGAUGAAGAUGAGGAGGAUGAAGAUGGUAGCUUCCAAGAAGCCUUACUGGAAAAGACACAGGCUAAGUCAGGUUCAUCCAACAGGGAUAGUCACAGAAAAUGCUGCCCUUUCCACACCAUUCAUGUUGGAAGCCGACAAAAAUUUGUGAUUUUGGUGAGUGUGCUAGUGUUUUUCUUUAUGAUGGCAUUUGCAGUUCUAAUUUGGAUUGGCAGGGGAAAAAAUCGUAUUGAUUCUUCUGUCGUGGCUCGGGUAUACAUAGAUAUCUUUUCUGUAGCAAUGCUUUUACUUGGUGGAGCUCUGGCUUGCUAUGGUCUGGUACUGUUCUUGAAAAUGAGGAAAGUACGCUCCGACAAAGCUUUGUCUGAGAUGUGGAAGGUUGCAGGUUUGGCAGUUGUCUCUGUUGUAUGUUUCACAUCCAGCGCUGUAGUGGCUCUUUUUAGUGAUAUUCCUGUGCUUUAUCAUUGGCAUCCAAAAUCCAUCAAGGAUGUAAAAACUCCAGUUCUAAUAAUUCUAUAUUAUUUCAUAGGUUCAUCAAUACCCUCAGCUUUUGUAUUAUGGGUAAUGAAAGAAAUGCCACCUCCCCAUACAGUUGGUAGACAAGCUCAGUCCAGAAUAGUAACUUUCAUCAGAGAUAGACCAGCAACCAUGCAUCAUCCCCAACGCUGGACUACCAUCACAAGUGCACAGAAUCAGGGCAAGAGAACACUACCCUGCCGGCACAGGUACAUGCCAGUGCGCAGGCCAAUGAGAGGGCGCAUGGGGGCAUCCUCAGCAUGGCUGCGUGGGGGCAGCAGCCUUUCUGCACCUGGCAUGUUUAGGCAUAGACACGCAAGCAGGCAUCAAGAGCUAGCCCUAUAUAAGAAAAAGUCACAUGAAGCUGAAAUAUCCAGGACUCUGAAAUUCAUGGAGACAAGGGUAGAAGUUCAGGACCACCAUUGCUACAAAGGGUUGACUUUCAACCAUGAGACUGAGAGGCCAUUGAAGCUGUUAGCAUCAUCUUGAUGGAGUAUUCAAAUCUCAGCCAUAAGGUGGUUAUUGCCAUUAUUUGGCAUUCUACACUUGUAAAUAGCGGUGAUGUGUUGCUUCUUUCAAACUUAACAUCUUUUUUCAUGUUUUGUAAAAAGCUGCAUGUUCAAAUGCUGGCAAGGUUGUGCCCAUGCUUUGUGUGACCUUUCUGCUUUACUUUUUGGUUUUUUCUUAUUUUGUUAUGGAGAAAUUUUUCCGUCACCGGGCUGGAAGGUUCACCACA